AUGACCCCAGGCGCUGGCGCUCCCUCGCCAGUCAAUGCGCCGCUCGCGAAGCCGCCUGGACAGCCGGGAAAUUACACAUCACCAUUUCAACGCAACGGUUCUGCGACGCCAGUACCGACACCAAUUCAGACACAACCGCCCUCGCAAGCACCUUCUCAACCGCCUACACCAGGACCGACGAACAGCGGCCUGCCCAUGCCAGUUGCUUCAGCCGGACCAAUGCCACAACCAACGGCGACCACACCUCAACCAUCUACACCGAGCGCGCUCUUGCCUACACCACAGGCUCCCCCUAACGCGCCAUACACAAACGCCACGCUGAUGCCCAUUCCAUCGCCCAGUACUCCAGCACCCAUGAGCGAGAUGCCACCUCCGCCUCUCAAUGCUUCGGCCUCCUUCUCGGCCGCUUCGCAGGCCAAGGCUCCAACGAAAAGCUACGCAUACGAAAUGGACGACAUGUUGGCAGGAACUGGAAUCAACUUGGAAGAAGAGCAGGAGCUGAUGAACGAGUUCGAAAUGCGUGAGGGCCUGGGCUCCCACCGACCUGGCGGGCGGAAAACACUAUACGGCGCAGGUGCUGCCAACCAACCACCAGAGGAGUUCGACGCUAAGACUCAGGAAGAAUUGGCUGCGGAAGCUGCCGACAAAGCUUGGAAUGAAGCUGCUCAUAGGCUAGCAGUUACCAGGACGGUUGAGAUCACGAGCCAUCUGCUGGAUCCCGGUUUGUUACACCGGAGAAUGGCAGCGAUUGCAUCCCGCAACAACCUGAGUCUCAACCUGGAUCUCCGCUCUGAUGGCAAGAGCCAAUAUAUGGGUCGCCUGGCAGCUCCAGAUUCCUUUCCAAGGCCUGCAAUCAAAGUAUCGACAGCUAAAGCAACAGACGGCACGAUUGUUACCACUCAUGGGUCGUUUAUACCGAAGGAGGCAUUCCUGGUGGACCAAAUUGCUCUGCUCUCGAUUGCGACCCGCGAACAUUUAAGGGGACUUCUCACGGACGCCAACAAAAAGUCUAUAAGCCGACAGCAGAAGACCCACGGGGCAGUACCUCCUCCAUGGACACCGGCCGCUUCUCCCGGCCCGGCAGCCGCCAAUGGUGUUGCAGGUGCAAGCCCGGCAAGCGCAGGUACCAGUGGCAUCAGUCCAACCACGACCUCAAAGAAGAGACCUGUGGAAGCGAUGAGCAACGGACUGCCCACGCCAGUAUCUGAUGCAUCUCCCACAGUCAACCCAUUGGUGGAGGCAAUGCGUGCGCUAGGCAAAGCCAAUCGCAGUGCCGAGGAGGCGCGGUACAAGAAGCGACAGAGGCGUCUGGACCAAGCAAACAAGAAAGAGGCUGGUGCUGAUGGCACGCGGGCUGGAUCGGCUGCCCCUGGUGCCGAGGCUGGGGAGACCAAGGCACCCACGAAGAAGGAGGCAAAGAAGUCGGCCAAGAUGGCGGAAGCCAGCAGCACUACGGUCAACAACACCCUCAGUCUGUUUGCUGGCGGCAAGAAGAAAAAGAAGUAUUCUUGGAUGGCGGGCGGAGGUGCUGCAAGCGGUCCUGGCACGCCGCAGCCACAAGUCGGAGGCGCGCCAGGCACACCCGGCGGCGCGAACACGGCCUCACAAAAGCCCAAUAAUGGGCCGCUGACACCGAACCCGAAUCCGCGGCAUUUGCCGGGUGUCUGGCGAGAAGAUGGACCGACGGGCAAAAAUAUUCAGCUGCGGGACUGGAUUCUUGUCUUGGAAGACCGAGGGCAGGACAUUGUCGCCCUGCAGAAAUUGUACGACAAGCUGGACAAGUCUGAUCUGGGAGACAAGGUCGGAGCCGAUACAGACCCCUAG